CUUAUUAAAAAACCACGUGCAAGCGAGAUAAAAGCUAGGAAAAUUUGAGUAACGCAGAAAAAUCAGUAAAACACAAUCAAACACAAUACGAAUAUGGGUCGUAAAAUACCAGGGAAGAGACAUCGAGGUAUUAAGGACAGAGAAAAGCAGCAUAUUAAACGUUUAGCAGAGCUAGAAUUGUGUACGAAUGCAGCGCCGAAAAAUAUAAACGAUCAAGAAAUACCAAAAAGUCUGGAACGUAUAAUUAAAUUAAAAGAGGCUGUGAAGACUAGUACUGGUUUCUUGAAGAGAAAGAAGAAGAAAAAGAAUGCUCUUAUUUGUGUAGGACUACAGCAUCGCAAACCAAGUCAUUCAAAAGAUGGGGUUAUACCGGUAUUUCAACAGCGACCAGGCGAAUCUGGUAACCAAUUUAUGCAUAGGGUAUCUAAAGAUACACAUAAUUUUUUGAAGGGAGUAGAAUUCGAAAAAAAAUACGGUGUUCAAAUUGAACGAGAUUCAAACACUGGUGAAAUUCAAGGUCUAACAAAAUGCAAAAAUAAAAAGAAUGCAGUAGAAAUAUUAGGAAUUAAGCAUAAGAAUAUUAAUAAAAAAAAGAAGAUACUUGAAAGUUCUACAACUUUGUCAAAAAAUGAAAGUCGAAAACUGAAGCUACUUGCUAAAAAGGAAAAAAAGCUUGAAAGAUACGAUGGAUUUGAAGGGUUGCAAGAUAAGAUUGAUUUCGGUGAAGUAGUUUCUGAACCUCCUAGAUUGAAAAUCAAGUCAGAUGAAAUUAAUGAAGAUAAAAAGCCAAAAAAUUUAUUAUUGAAUUCGUUAUUAAAAGGGUCUAAAGAGGAUUUUUUUACUUCUAAAGAAAUUAAUCAAUUUGGAAAGAGAAAAUACUUACCUGAAACAGAAAGAAGAAAACUAGAGGAACAACAAGUAAAGCUAUUACAGCCUACAAACAAUUGA